AUGGCCAGGGUCGUCGAGAGGCGCCGAACUGAAGAGCCCGCCAAGUGCGAGGAAAGAAUUUUGUUUAUUCUUUCAAAUCCCGGAAAACGGCUAAAGAAAAGUGGUCUCUUAUGCAAGAUGCUCGAGCUUGAAGAGGAUUGUUUGCUACCUUUGGAUGCUUUGUUUUUUGAAAAGCCUUCAUCUGAGGAAGUAUUAUUUAAAAUGCCGAUGCCAACCAAAACUCUAAAUAAUCUCGCAAUUUUUAACUGCUCACCUUUUUCUGCAAAUUCCCCAUCACAAGAUGAAAACUGUGAUUUUAGAGAUAUUGCUGAAAAACAUACUGAGAAUGGUUUGAGAGACAAUACCAAACAGAAAGAUCAUAAUGAUACUCGAUCUCUGAAAAAAGCACAUGUGCUUCCAAUGAUGUCGCAAGCACUAAAUGUAAAAGAUGCAACUGGAAGGAGUUCAGGAACAUUGAGGGCAGUUACUGAAAUUCCUGUACAAUUCAGAAACGUUUUCAAAGAAUUUCCUUACUUCAACUACAUACAAUCAAAAGCAUUAGAUGAUCUUCUUUACACAGAGAAGAACUUUGUGAUUUGUUCCCCAACUGGUUCUGGAAAGACUGUACUAUUUGAACUCGCCAUUGUCAGAUUACUGAUGCAAGUUCCAAAGCCAUGGUCUAAUAUAAAAAUUGUAUACAUGGCUCCAAUCAAAGCUUUAUGUAAUCAGCGAAAUGAAGAUUGGAAAGAAAAGUUUGGACCUAUUGGACUGAACUGUAAAGAGCUAACUGGAGACACAGAGAUGGAUGACUAUUUUGAAAUUCAGGACACUCAUAUUAUCAUAACUACUCCCGAAAAAUGGGACACCAUGACGAGAAAAUGGAGAGAUAAUUCAUUAGUACAGCUUGUGAGACUUUUCCUUAUUGAUGAGGUACAUGUUGUGAAAGAUGAAUGUCGUGGUGCAACUCUUGAAGUUGUAGUCAGCAGAAUGAAAACAGCUCAGUUAGCUGUCUCACGUAUGUUUAAUCAGUUCAAUGAUAAGGCACUGAGAUUUGUAGCAGUUUCUGCAACAAUUCCUAAUGUUGAGGAUAUUGCAGAAUGGUUAUCAGAUGGAAAAGGACCAGGAACUGCCACGAAGAUAGAUGAAAGCUUUCGACCAGUAAAGCUCCGCAAAGUUGUACUUGGAUUUCCUUGCUCCAGUACUCAAACUGAAUUCAAGUUUGACCUAUCACUUAAUUACAAAAUGGCUAACAUUAUACAGACAUAUUCUGAGCAGAAACCUGCUCUGGUGUUUUGUGCUACAAGGAAAGGUGUGCAACAGGCUGCAUCCGUACUUGCAAAGGAUGCCAAAUUCGUCAUGACCCCAGAUCAUAAGCAAAGGUUGCAAAAAUAUACAAACUCAAUAAAGGAUUCAAAGCUUAGAGAUCUGUUAAUAUAUGGAGUUGGUUAUCAUCAUGCUGGUAUGGAUGUAUCCGAUAGAAAAGCGACUGAAGCUGCUUUCACUGCAGGAGAUGUACCAGUACUUUUUACUACUAGCACUUUGGCUAUGGGAGUAAAUUUACCAGCCCAUUUAGUGGUAAUUAAAUCGACAAUGCAUUACGCAGGAGGAAUGUUUCAAGAAUACAGUGAAACUGAUAUACUUCAAAUGAUGGGCCGAGCUGGUCGACCUCAGUUUGACACAACAGCCACAGUAGCUAUCAUGACAAGGACCCAAACUAAGGACAAGUACACGCAGAUGUUAGAUGGAGUACAUACCAUUGAGAGCAGUUUACACAAGCAUCUUGUUGAACAUUUGAAUGCUGAAAUAAUACUGAAUACAAUCACUGAUGUCAAUGUUGCUUUGGAGUGGAUACGAUCAACAUUUCUUUACAUAAGAGCUUUUAAAAAUCCAAACCACUAUGGUUUUUCUACUGGACAAGGUAGAGCUGGAAUUGAAGCCAAGCUACAAGAAUUAUGCUUGAAGAAUUUACAUGCUUUGUCUUCUAUUGGUUUGAUAAAAAUGGAUGAAGAGAUCAAUUUCAAGCCAACAGAAACUGGGAGACUAAUGGCUCGUUAUUGCAUUGCUUUCGACACAAUGAAACUUUUCUACUUGGUCACUGGAAGCGAAACUUUAAAUGAACUGGUAAGAUUAAUCUGCAAUUGCAAGGAAUUUACUGAUGUUCAACUCAGGGUGAACGAAAAGAAGAUUCUUAACACACUGAAUAAAGACAAGAAUAGAACUACCAUCAGGUUCCCUUUAGAAGGAAAGGUAAAAACAAAUGAAAUGAAAGUAAAUUGCCUAAUUCAAGCCCAACUAGGAUGCAUUCCAGUUCAAGAAUUUACAUUGACUCAAGACAUAGCCAAGAUUUUUAAGUGUGGUGUGAGAGUUACAAAAUGCCUUUCGGAAUUGCUUAUGCAACAAGAAAAACAGAACUUUAUGGCACUAUUGAAUGCAGUGAUCUUAGCCAAAUGUUUUAGGGCUAAACUUUGGGAGAACUCUAUAUAUAUCUCCAGACAACUUGAGAAGAUUGGUCCUACUUUGUCCAAUGCGAUGGUAAAUGCAGGCCUUACUACAUUCCAGAAGAUAGAAGACACAAAUGCAAGAGAAUUAGAGCUGAUUGUAAACAGACAUCCUCCUUUUGGAAACCAAAUAAGAGAAUCUGUUCUUCAUCUCCCAAAGUAUGAACUCAGUGUUGAACAGCUUGCAAGAUACCAUGAUUCAGUGGCAGAAAUCAUUGUGAAAAUUACCUUAACAAAUUACCAACAACUAUGGGAAAAGAGAACAGCACCUGACAAUCACCACGUUUCUCUAAUCAUAGGAGAUGCAGACAACCAAGUUGUUUAUAAACAAAAAAUCACAGAUUCAGCCCUGCUGAAAUCAGGAAGCUGGAUGAAGAAAAUUGAAGUUAAAAGGGCCUUCAAAGGUGAAGAAUUAAGUGUUAAUCUUAUAAGUUCUGAAUAUGUUGGUUUGGACAUUCAGCAGAAGUAUUCAGUCUUUUAUUCAGGGCCAAAGAGGUUUGGAACUCAUAUUAUUCAUGAAAAGUCUGAUCUACAGCAGUCGCAAUCAGCUAAACAGAAAAGGACAGCAAGUCCAUUAAUGUUUCCCACUAUUAAUGCAGUUCAGGGUUCUACCAAUGAACGAAGCUACACAGAACCUGGAAAAAGACAUUGUAAUCAUUACUGCAAAAAUAAAGACAAGUGUGGUCAUGAAUGUUGUAAAUUUGGAGUAUUGGUUGGUAGGAGCUCCACAACACCUCAACCAACAACAAAUUUUUCUUCCUAUCUCAAUGAUCUUAAAAGUAGAAGCGAGACUUUUUCAGCUCCAUCAAUUAAACGAUUAAAGAUACAGACAAUGAAUGAAAUAGGGCCAGUAAAUCUUCAACACUUUGCUUACACAAAGAAAGCUCCAUUGUCAACAUUACCUAGGUACUAUGAAACAAACCUCAAUCCAGAAGCUCAGGUACAAAACCAGAAUAAUUUAGACAUCAACGUAAGAAGCUGUCACAAACACCAGCCACAAUAUUACAAUGAAGCUUCUUCACAACAGAAUUCAACUGUGUUUCCAUCACACGAAACUUCUGUAGAAUCUUUCAGUUUCAACUCUACUGAUGCAAAUGAGAGUGACUAUUGGUCACCAGAAGAGAUGAAUGUGAAUUUUGACCUAGGAGAUGACUUAUGGAAUGACUUUGAUGAUGAGAAGUUAGUAAAUGCAAGCAAUUCUAUUUGUUCAGAGGAAAUUAACAUUAAUGAACAUUAUCAAACAGGUAUUUAUGCUGAUCUUUUGAAUUAUUCUAUUCUUUUCAAAUCUCUUAAGCAAUAG